ACACUUCCUGUCUGCGAAGGGCGUGGCUCUAGCCCCGCCCAUUUGCGCGUCCCCGGCGGUUUCGUGCAAGCCUAGAAGAGUGGCGCGAGGCUGUGCAUGUGCCAGGUUAGCUUGUCAUUGUACGCCCACGGAGGAGCGCGUGGUCGGCCACACUGCUGGGAAGGUACAUGUUGAAGUUGUGACCCUCCAAGCCCAAGCAUGGAUCCUGAAAAUAACGGCGAGGUUGUAGCCGUGUUGGAGAGUCCGCAACAGCAGGAAGAGGAGACGACCUUGGCCGCGGCGGCAGAAAAGGAGGUGGAGGCGCAGCCGGACGUUUGCACAGAACCUGAGAAUCCAGCAGCUGCAGCCGAAGAGGAGCAGGUGGUGAACGGUGGCGGCCAUGAUGAAGCACAUGGUGCUGCGGUGACAGGAACCGAGUCUGAGGAGAAGGUGGAAACUGAGGUUGAGCACAGCUCUGAAGCAGAGACGGCGCCCGUUGUGGUGCCGGUAGAACCGAUUGCAGCACCAGAGAAGAGCCCGGAGCCUGACCCCGAUCCAGAGGACUUGCCAGAGUUGAUUCCAGAAGCCGAUGUAACGGAGAAAGCAACACAGGAAGUGCCUGUACAGGAGACGCAAGCCGAACCGCAGCCUGCCAAUCUGGAGGAGAAGACGCCAGAACAAGUGAAGGUAGUUACGGAGGCUGUGGCAGAAGAAGUUAGCAAGGAGGUUCUUCCAGAAGAUGGCGGUGAGGCUGCAAAGGAAGAGCUUGGCAAGACAACGGAAGUGUCUCCUGAAAAAACAGCUCAAGUUGUGGUGCAGGAGGUGGAGAAAUCUGCUGAAGCAGCGCCACCUGCAGAGCCCCAGAAGGAAACUGAGCCAGAAAAAAGUGCCGAGUCAGCGGUUCCAAAAGAAGCUGAGUCGAGCGACACUGUACCUGAAAACGAGGCGCCGGCCCCCGCUGCAGGAUCCCUGUCGUUUGCACUCCUGGAACAUGAGAAGACCAAAGAUGCUCUGCGGAACUCUCGCACCCUCGUUGUCCUCAGAGGUCUCCCCGGAAGCGGGAAAAGCUUCCUGGCUCGUGCCGUGGCCGACUCCUACAAAGACCGCUGUUCAGUCUUCCACGCUGACGACUAUGGAGUCAAACCGGAGAACCAGGACUCCAACGCGGAGGGACACAAGGCCAUGGACGCGGCCGUGGUGGCCUGCUGCGCCGAACCCUCGGUGCUCAUCGUGGUGGACGACACCAACCACACCCAGGACCGGCUGGCCCGUCUGGGCGAGCUGGCCAGGGAGAACCGGCUGGUCGUGGUCUUCCUGGAGCCGCGCACCGAGUGGAGCAAAGACGCCGCCCGGCUCGUCAAAAUGACCGCACGCAAACUCAAGCCGGCGCAGAUCACAUCCAUGAAGCGCCACCUGGAGGAGGUGCCCCUUCCUCUCUACUUUGGCUGGUUUCUGCUUCCUCCUGUGCAGGAUCAGCUCAGGUCCACAAACGCAGACUUCCUGAAGGCACUGAACGCUCUGGACGCAUUCAAGGAACGCAUUGCGGACUUCUCUGAGAAUGAAAACAAGGAGGUGGAUCUGACGCAGCACUUCAAAGCCAAAGGAAGCCUCCAUUGUACCACCAAAUUCUCUAAUUAUGGCAAGGCAACCGGUGCCAAAGAAUAUGCAGCCAAACCAGCUGUAAGAGAAUCGUAUGGUUCUGUCUUCGACCUAUCCCUGACCGCCCUCUUCGUCACGCCACGCACCGUCGGCGCCCGAGUGAGCCUCGCGGAGGAGCAGCUUGAGCUGUGGCCAUCCGACGCCGAAAAGGAGGCGGAGUCCUCCGUACCCGGUGCCGCCUCCUUGCCCGUGGGGAGUCGUGCCCACAUCACUCUCGGCUGCGCUCAGGGCAUCGAGCCGGUCCAAACGGGUCUGGACCUCCUGGAGAUCCUGGCCUUGCAGCAGGAAGGCCAGCAGGGGGAGCCAGUCGCCGACAUGGAUCUUGGCCCGCUGCGCUUCUACGGCGACGGGAGGUGGAUGCUGGAGUUCAAGGAGCCCAUGUGUGCGCCGGCGUUGUUCUCCAGCUUCUACAAGCGCGAGGGGCCUGAAAGCGGGCAGAGCAAAAAGGAGUCCAAGAAGAAGUGCACCAUCUUGUAAAUGGCUGCCAGGAAAAGGAUGGCUGGUUAGUUUUCAGUUUAGUGCAGCAAUGAGAUGUUCACAUGUAGCUACCCACAAUCUUCAAGAUGUGUGCCUUUUUUUGUUUUUGUUUGCACCAGCACCCAAAAUGCCUUCUACGUAGUUAGUAUAGUAUCUGCCUACAUGUAUCGGUGGCAGUUUCAGGACCUGUUUUGGGCUAGCUUCCUGGCUAAUACACCCAUUCCAUACACGUCUGCUUCCCUAGCUGUGAGUGAAAUCAUGUCCUUCCAUAGCAUGCAACCCCCUGGUAGGACUUUCAUCGUCUUACUCCAUUGCUUCAAGUAGCUCACUUCACGUGUUGCCUUUUUGUCCUAGUUCAGCAGACUAGCUGUCAUUUCCCUGCAGCACGAGCAGGCGAGAAAGGGAUUGUUUCCAUAGUGAAAGGGCCAAAGCUGUCUGUUGUGUAUUAGAGUGAAUGUGCAUUAGAGAGCCUUUCUUGACACGUUUGCACUGUGCAUUGUUUGAAAGGGAGAUCAAUGAAUUUGGCUUUUUUUUUUUUUUUUUUUUUGCUUUCAGACGCUCGCACUUAAAACGAACGCUGUGAAUCCAAAUCUUGUGAGCAUUCGCAACCUCUGUGCUGUGCAAGACUGCAGCGUUGCUCUUUUUAGCCACUUUGAACAACGCUUCAUGAAUUUCCAUUUCAAGUUUGCAACUUCUGGCUUGGUCUGGAAGGACAACUUUAUGUAGCUCUUACGAACCACUAUUUUUUUGCACUUGUUUUGUACACUUAAUAAAAAAAAAAGAACAUGAUGCUCCAG